AUGCGAAGUCCGCUGACGACGAUCGGGGCGAUGGCCCUCGUCCUCAUGGGCCUUGCCGACGCCUCCGGAGGCGCAUGGACCGGCGCCGACGCGCUGGCGACGAGUAGCCAGACCCUCGCCGAGGCGAGCCCAUUCAUCCUGCGCUUCGAUGACGCCAUGGCCGCGGAGAUGGCCAUGAGCUCGGCCACGGGUGUCUAUGCUGGUGGCAUGGACGACAACUUGCCCGUCGUGCUCAUGCAUGGCAUGGGCGAUGCUGCGGGGAACCCUGGCAUGCAGCGCCUCCGCAAGGCGGUCGCUGCGCACCUCAACACGUACGUGACGAACGUCCAGAUCGGCGACUCGGUCGCUGCCGACUCGUCCAACAGCUUCUUCAUGAAGUUUGACACCCAAGUCGACGUUUUCGCCAAGCAAGUUGCCAAUGACCCCAAAUUGGCGCAGGGCUUCAACGCCAUGGGUUUCUCGCAAGGCAACCUGCUCAUCCGUGGGUACAUUGAGCGCUACAACACGCCGCCGGUCAAGAACUUUAUUUCGGUGCACGGCCCGCUGGCCGGUGUCGGGGCGCUGCCCCACUGCGCACCGACCAACUUUAUCUGCAAGCAAAUCAACGCCGUCAUCUCGGCUGCUGCUUACACGGAUACCGUCCAGGGCAAGCUCGCGCAAGCCAACUAUUUUCGAGAUCCAAACCAAAUUGCUGCCUACGUCGCCCACGCGCUCUUCCUCCCCGACAUCAACAAUGAAAAGUCGGUCACGGUGCCCGAGUACAAGACCCGGUUCGCAUCACUCACGCACCUUGCGCUCGUCCGCGCCGCGCACGACACGAUGGUGUACCCUCAUGAGUCGGAGUGGUUUGGGGCGUACGCCGACGGUCAGAGUGACGUGGUUUUGCCCAUGAACGUAACGCAGUGGUACCAGAAGGACUCGUUUGGGCUCGCGACGCUUGAUCGCAGCGGCCGUAUCACGCUGUACGAGACGCACGGGGACCACCUCCAGGUCUCGACCGCUGACCUUCUUGGCUGGAUCGACGCUCAUUUUGUCAGCAACGCGGCCAGAACGGCGUAA